GAUGCUGGCAGGGAGACAUGUGUGUAUCCUCUCCCUGAGCCUCAUGACCUGUUUCAGGCUUCGCAGCUGAAAUUUGAAGAUUUUCAGAAAGAUCUGGCACGACUCAGGAAGGAUCUGAGAGCAUGCAUAUCAGAAGUAGAAAAAGUGUGUAAGAUUUCAGAUGAGGAGAACUUGGAACCUUUCAAAGAAAAGAUGGAUGAUUUCCUCAAACAAGCUAAAAGUGAACUGGAGAUGCUGGAUUCUCAACUCAGCAGCACUCAUAAACUGUUCCUGGAACUUACAGUGUUUUUCUCAGUGAAGGCCAAAGCAGGAGAGAAAGAGGUUUCACCUAACAUGUUCUUCUCCAUCUGGCAUGAGUUCUCCUCUGACUUCAAGGACCAGUGGAAGAAGGAGAACAAAACCAUUCUCAAAGAGAGGUUAAAAGCAGCAGAAGAGAGUUUCCGACAGGCCAAAGAGAAGGCAUCCUACAGUGUCAAACCUAAACAAUCAUCGGGAAUUAAAGCCAAGCUUGGCAUGAAAAUUUGACAUAGUGGGCUUGGCACGCUUGUUUUCAUGACUUUGGACACCAGCAGUGAAUCAACCACAAAAGUAUGAAGAUGACCGACAAGAGAAUUAAGCGACAGAAUAAAUGAGAAUGACCUACAAUAUGUGCAGACAAGCGAUCUCUGGACUUUUUUUCUCAUCGUUAUUUUUAUGUUUGGUCACAUUUGCCUGCUCUGUCUGCCUGUUGCUUUAGAUGACUAUUGGAUUCAACAGAAUCAUGAAAAGAUGCUCCUUCAGGGCCAUCAGGUGCAAAAUAUUUACAGUAAUCAUCAGUAUCCCUUGUCUAUGGAGCCCAGGUUUAACUGAUAAUGUAAUACACUCAUAAUCAUUAACACCAUCAAGUUUCCUAAAUAAGUAUUUGAAAAAUAAUUAAAAACAAUAAGCAAUUAUUCCUAACGACACUGACCUUUAUUAAGAGCAAAUGAGGCCAGUAAGAUGUGAUGGAAAUUAAGCACUAGUGACAUGAUGGUAUUGGAUUUACUAUGGAAAGUACUGUUGUUGCAGACUUUAUCUAAUUUUCAGUUAAAAAAUUGGGUUCUUGUUUUUAUACUCCAAGCAGUAAUCCAUAAUGACUGUGAACCAAUAGAACAAUUUUUUGUUCAAAUAUCCAUCCAUUCUGCUUCUCUGGGGCUGGGUCGCGGAGGCAGCAGCCUGAAUGGAGACGCCUAGACGUUCCUCUUGCCAGCCACUUCCUCCAUCUUAUCCGGGAUAACACUGAGGCAAUCCUAGGCCAGCAGAGAGAUGUAAACUCCUAGGUCUGCCUGAGGACAUCCUGACUGGAAAACCUGACUUAGUAGAGCUCUAGGAGACAUGCUCAUCAGAUGUCCGAACCCACUCAACCGGCUCAUUUCAAUGUGGAGUAGCAGCAGCUCUACUCUGAGCCCCUCUUCAUGUCCUUACCCUCUUAUCUCUAAGAGAGAGGCCAGCCACCCUUCAGAGAAAGCUCAUUUCUGUCGCUCGUAUCUGUGACCAUAGGUAAGGAUAGGGAAGUAGACUGAUUGCUAAAUCAUAGCAUCACGUUUAUGCUCAGCUCUCUUUUCACCACGAUGGACUAGUACAGCAUCCGCAUCACUGCAGCUGCAGCACCAGUCUGCUCUCCUCACUACCUAAACUCCUCCACUUGGAGCAGCAACUUGUCACUCACCCGCAGAGGGUCAGUGACAAGUUCACCCUUUUCUCACUGACAACCAUCGCCUCAGAUUUUGGAGAUGCCGAUUCUAGUUCCCAUCGCAUCACACAGCUGUGAAACACUCCAGUAUGAACGAGGCCACUACCUGAUGAAACCAAAAGAACAACAAUGUCUGCAAAAAGCAGAAAUAAAAUUCUUAGGCCACCAAAGUGGAAGCCUUCCACCAACUGGCUACAGGGGCAGUCCCUGUGGAGUUUAACACCCACCGGAAAUGAAUCUGACUCAUUGCUGGCAAUGAGCUCAUGAAAUGCUUUUACAGGGACCCAAAUGGCGUGCAGCGAUGGGAGUACCCUUACUCCCGAGUCCCAGGUAUUUAAACCCUAGUGGUAGUUAUCUCUCAAGAGAUAACUAGGGUUGAUCAUGUGCCGUAUGUUCUGGACACUCGGGUGAAAAGCAGAACUGAGCUGGACUGAUCACCACCGUGUGGUAAGUUAGAUAACGCAGCAUAAGGUGUGCCCUGAGUUAUUAAAGGCUCUGGAUGUUGUAGGGCUGUCUUGGUUGAUAUGCCUCUACAACAUCAGAUGGAGAGCUGGGUCGGUGCUUCUAGAUUGGCAAACUGAAGAGGUGCUUCCCAUCUUUAAGAAGGGGUACCAGAAGGUGUGCUCCAACUGCAGGGGGAUCACACUCCUUAGUCUUCCUGGUAAGGUCUAUGCUAGGGUACUGGAAAGGAGAGUUCAUCCAAACAGGCCUUCGGUGAAGCUGGUUCUGUUUUGUAGCGAGCUGUCUUGCUGUAGUCUUCUUCAGACAGUCUCCACUGCCUGAGUUAUAGGUAUGUAAGUGAUGAAAAUGAGACCAAUGCCAGUUGUGUGAGUUACACUUAUCAAUAUCACAACUUUAUCAUUAAGACACAGGAGAAUCUGAUGGGUUAUAGUCAAGUAUUCCAAUAACAUUUAUUUCCAAAUUGGCAUGGGGCAGUUUUAGUUUUUAUUCUUUCGGCUCUAGUCCCAGUCACGAUUAAUGGUCUGAGAGUGAUUAAAGAAUAAAUACAAAAAAACCCAGCCCAAUAACAGACAUUAUUUUAGAUAUUAUUUUUAGACACUAGUUUAAAAUUUUAAACCCUUCUGUUCUCUGUGCACAGAGUUCCACAGGUACAUGCUCUAUGAAUGGUGCUGCUGUCUUUUGGACACUUGAUUGGUCAAUAGUAGUUUCAUACUUGUUGCUAUCCAAUCUGGAACCUAACCUGCUCCGGAUAAGGUUAGGUUACCAUAGUGAGGUACCCCAGUAAGAAAUCAACCACCUUUGUAACACAGAACACAUAGGGUUAACCCCCCAGGUUACCUGAAUAAGACAAAAUCCUGUGUCUACAGGAGUCUCAUUGACUAAGGACCUUUUGACAAUGACUUGUGACCCUUAUCAGUCCAACUUCUGCAUCCCAUUCUAAUGAACUCCAAUUGUGGUAUUUUAAAUGUAUUGACUCAAGUCAUGGACUCUGCUAUUGAAAGUAUUAAACACUGCAGUCAAAAAUAAUAUCAAAAUUAAGACCUUAAACAGUCCAGCAUUCAGAGUUCUCUCAUCUGACAACUUCAAUUUUAUUUUUGUGAACAUUCUUUUUUUUGUGGUUUAGGAAAAAGAAAGAGAGAAUACUGAUCUGCAAACACUGUAUGGCAUUAUGUUUGGUUCACAAAAAACAUUUCAGGAAAAUGUAAGCCUGCAAAGAAAAACUCAUGAUCGGUCUUUGUAAAACACCCAUAUGCAUCUGGAUAUUUCAUUUCUUCUCUUAUGUAUUUACUGGGACAGAACUCUUUGUAACUAUCAGAUGAUAUCACUAUGAUUGCUGUUUACUGUAGGUUUGGUUUUCUUGUAACUGUGAGUGAGAGUGUAAACCAUUUCCAGAGAUUACACAGACCCAACCAGCUUGCCUGUGCUGAAGACUGGCACUGAUAAUUGCAUUAGAAGAUACUCAUGGCUAUACUGGGCUUUAAUGUGUAGAUUCUGACUGUAACUUGCCAUCUUUUAAAAUCAACAGAAAUACAGCCAUAGACACAUCCUUGUAAAUUAAAUCAUCUCGCCUCAAUAAACCUCUCACUUUGUGAUUCUGCAUCCUCAAAACCAUUCAGACUGUCUUUUAGCAGAAAAUCCAAGUCAGCAUACAUUUGUACAGCUGGUAUGCCAAAUCUGACAGGCAGCAUUUUGCAGGUGUUGCAGAAUUAAUGUAAAGUAAUAAAAUGUUAAAGAAAUAAUAUGAUCAUCAGCAUGAUGUUUACAAUUGCAAUCUAGUUUGGGGCAGUGCUGUUCCAGCAUCAGGCUGAUCUAGCACAAAGUAUGAUGUGGGAACUGUGAGUGGCUUGCAAACAUUGGAGGAGUGGAAACACUGCGUGCAGGGGGGUCAAGCAACCGUUUUUGAUGUGG